GCCAUCGACCCCUUCCCCCGUUCUAUUCUCGCUGUGUUCCUCUGCAAAGCGAAGGCAAGGCAAGGCAAAGGAAGCAUGGCCAUGGCUACGGGAUUGGAAACACCAAUCUCCGCCACCAGCGCCUUUCUCUUUCACACCACACCGUUCUGUUCCCAUGGAGAAUUACCCUCAACAACAACUUCUGCUAAAAUCCCCUCCAUUUCUUCUUCCUCUCGUAACUCUAGACCAAGAAAGGCAGCAACAAUAACUCCAUUCCAAUCCUUCAGCCCCCAAACCAAACUUGGAGCGACUGGUGUGGCCGCUGCACGGGUAGAGGAGGAACACGUGGAGGUCGAAGUAACUGAGGGGUUUACAGUUACCCAGAUUUGUGACAAGAUUAUUCACUUGUUCUUGAAUGAGAAACCCAAGUCCAAGGAGUGGAGGAAGUACUUGGUGUUCAGGGAGGAGUGGAAGAAAUACCGGGAUAGCUUCUACAGCCGGUGCCAGUCCCGUGCUGAUACUGAAAAUGAUUCCCAAUUGAAGCAAAAAUUGAUCUCAUUAGCUAGAAAAGUCAAGAGGAUUGAUGAUGAGAUGGAAAGACACUAUCAACUUCUUGAGGAGGUACGGGAUAAUCCUUCUGAUAUUAAUGCAAUAGUUGCAAGGCGGCGCAAGCACUUCACUGAGGAGUUUUUUCGGUAUCUCUCUCUGCUCUCGGAGACCUAUGAUAGCUUAGAGGACCGUGAUGCGGUGGCUAGACUUGGGGCUAGAUGCUUAUCUGCAGUCUCUGCAUUUGAUAAUACACUGGAAAUUGUGGGGACAUUAGAUACUGCCCAGGCCAAAUUUGAUGACAUCCUAAACUCUCCUUCAGUGGAUGUGGCUUGUGAGAAGAUUAAAAGUCUUGCCAAGGCAAAGGAACUUGACUCUUCUUUGAUUUUAUUGAUAAACAGUGCUUGGGCUGCUGCAAAGGAGUCCACUACCAUGAAGAAUGAGGUCAAAGAUAUAAUGUAUCGUUUAUACAAAGCUACAAAGAGUAGUCUAAGAAGCAUGGCGCCAAAAGAAAUAAAGCUACUGAAGUAUUUGCUGAACAUCACUGAUCCUGAAGAGCGAUUCUCGGCAUUGGCUACUGCUUUCUCCCCUGGAAAUGAACAUGAACCCAAGGACCGCAAUGCUAUAUACACAACUCCCAAGGAGCUUCACAAGUGGAUCAACAUCAUGCUUGAUGCAUACCAUCUUAGUCAGGAAGAGACUGACAUUAGGGAAGCCAGGCAGAUGUGCCAACCUGUUGUCAUCCAGAGGCUUUUCAUCCUCAAGGAAACUAUUGAAGAGGAAUACUUGGAUCAUCAUCAGGCUGCUAAGACUGAAAAUGGCACUAAGCCCUAACCUCUAAGCCCUAAGCCCUAAGCUAAGAAUUGUAGUUAUAAGCUACUCUAUAAGGUUCUUCAUCUCUGAUCAUUUGCCUUUAGUUGUUGCUAUAGAUAGACUUGCAAUUGUUUGGUGGUAAUUACGACGUAUGUUGAUGACUUUAAGAGAAAUGUUUAUUAAAAAAAAAAAAAAAAACCAAUAAGGGACAUAUUCUUUUAUCUAUUAUAAAUAGGAGAAUUUAUGUUUCGUUCA